AUGCGGCCCUACUUUGGCAUACAUGCUCUUCUUAUAGUGACUGUUACCCUGAGUCCAGCGACUGCCCCAGCACGGAGUGAAAAAAAUACCACCGGAGAUGUCUAUCCCCCUCUGUGGGACCUUGCCCCUGAAAACCUGCUGGAUUUCCUAGUAAAGGACAACAAAAUUGUCAUCAAUGCAUGGAACUAUCAAGAACGACUGGGGGUGUAUAAGAACUUGCUAAACUCUUCAGCCAAAUAUUUUACCACCUUUGGAUCCCAAAAUUUUGGCAAUAUUCUCUGGGGAUUACCAUUGCAGCAUGGGUGGCAAUUCCGUACAGGCAGAUUAGCAGAUCCUUCCAGUGUGACUUCCUGUGGCUAUGAAGAUGGAGACCUCCUGUGCAUAUCUGUAAGAAGCUGGUGGUCCUGUAUGAACUACUACCUCGCUAUCAUACCGUUUCUGGGGGCAGUGGAGGCUGGCCUCUUUGGGCAGCUGCAGUACGAGAUAGAAAUAUUGCCACCAGAGGAGCGAAGAGCUGAUUUCUGUUAUAGUGUUGCCGACUGCCGGUCUCGCAUUCCCAAGCUCAUGGAUGAGUGGAAGGCCUAUUUUGAAUAUCUGUUGUCUACAGAACACAAAGCCGUGAGCCCUGCAACCUUCUCCUCCUUCGAACUGGAUGAUGCCCUCUGUCUCAUGUGGAGGGCACACGUCUCCUCCAUUGCUUACGCGCUGCCCAAGUUCCAGGACAGCUUGAAAUAUCUCUCUGAUCCAGAAGCAAGUUUCGGUGAAGACUGGGCUAACGCUGUAGAUUUCAUUGCAGCCACACACUUCUCUACAGAUUUACAGAAUGUAAACAACUUCCAGGCUUUCCUGCCCCAGAGGAUGCUUGUUGAAGGGGAUGUCCUCCCGUCCAUUAGUGACUUCAGUCCACAGCAAAACAGAGUCCUGCUUUCACUAAGAGCUCUUCACAAAGCAAAUCAAUUAACAGGAGGAUUGCUGCUGAAGCUCUGGAAAAAGGCUAUGUCUACUGAAGCAGGAAGAAAAAUGGGCCGAAAACUGAUUGAAGACUUGGCUUCGAGCCAGAAGUUUGACCCAGUGGGAAUAUAUAAUGAUUUGAAAGGAACGGAUUUGACAGCGCCCAGUUUCUUGAGAAAAAGCAGUUCCAACAUUGAUUGAUUUAAUCUUCUAGCAGAUAUGUGUCUGGUAAUCUGGCCUUGGUAAUUUCUUACAGCAGGAUUUCCUGAGUAGCCAUGUGUGCACCUCUCUCAUAUUGAAUCAACAUUUUUAUCCUUAAUUUUCCUAAUUAGCUCAUUUGUUUAACUCAUUUCCUUAAAAAUAAAAUGCCUCACAGAAAAUCUUACUUUAUUACUUUUUUGGACUUUAUAAAUAAUAUGACAUUAUUGGAAACAAAAUUAAAUAAAGGCAAAUUAUAUUCUGUUUCACACUGUUUUUUUCUCUGUAUACAGGGAUCCCACCAGAUAUGUAGUUACUCGGGUCCUUGAUGGUCUAACAGAUGAUCACCCAAAACUUUUCUUUGAAGUUCUGAUCCA